UGUGAUGGACGAGCAUUUUGUUCCCAAUGUCACCUUUGGUCACCCUGUGGUAUUUCUGCCUCUAAAAACAGCUAGGCCAGAACCCUAUCUUUAACAUGCGCAUGAUGGUGGCCAGGCUGGAACAGAGGGUGAAGCCAAUGGCCAUAGCAGAAGCCAAUCAAUAUACCUUUCAUCUGGAGGUCACUGAUAACCUGGGGACUUUGAUAAAAGAUAUGCAAGAGAAUGGGAUGAAGGUUGGCCUUGCUAUCAAACCAGGAACUACUAUUGAGUAUUUGGCACCAUGGGCUAAUCAAAUCGAUGUGGCCUUGGUCAUGACAGUAGAGCCUGAGCUCGGAGGACAGAAAUUCAUGGAAGACAUGAUGCCAAAGGUUCACUGGUUGAGGACCCAGUUUCUGUCUCUGGAUAUAGAGGUCGAUGGUAGCAUAGGUGCUGACACUGUCCAUAAGAGUGCAGAGGCAGAAGCUAACACAACUGUGUCUGGCAGUGCCAUUUUGAGGAAUGAAGAUCCCAGAUCUGUGAUCAACUAA